AUGUUUGGACGACUGAAGUCUCCUCCUGUCAAGGAGGAAUUCGCCGAGGGCGUUCCCGUUGGUCAGGCGUCCGAGGCGGGCCUCGCCAACUUCGACGACGACGUGCGCGUGCCGUGCCCGCCGCACACGACGGCGCGGAGACUGCAGGCGCGCAUCGACUGCCGUAUCGUGCCCUUCCUGAUCGUACUGUACCUCCUGGCCUUCCUGGACCGCGUCAAUAUCGCCAAUGCCCGCUCGUUCGGGCUCGAGGCCGACCUCGGCAUCCUGGGCGACGGCGUCAAGUACAACACAGCCCUGACCAUCUUCUUCGUGCCCUACAUCGUGCUCGAGAUCCCAUCCAACAUGCUGCUGAAGCACUUCUCGCCGCGCAUCUGGCUCUCCGUCUGCUGCCUCGGCUUCGGCCUGGUGUCGGUCUGCCAGGGUCUGGUCCAGAACUACGCCGGCCUGCUCGUCACGCGCUUCUUCCUCGGCGUCUUCGAGUGCGGCAUGUUCCCCGGCUGCUUCUACAUGCUCAGCAUGUGGUACAAGCGCUCCGAGGCCCAGAAGCGCUACUCGCUCUUCUUUGGCUCCACCUCGCUGGCCGGCGCGUUCGGGGGGCUCCUGGCUUCGGCAAUUGGCAAGAUGGACUACAUGCGCGGCUACCGCGGCUGGCGCUGGCUCUUCAUCCUCGAGGGCUCCUUGACCUUUGCGGUUGGCUUGGUCUUUCUCUUCACGUUUCCCUCGUUCCCGGAGCAGGUGACGUGGCUCUCGGACGAAGAGCGCGAAUAUGUCAUGGCCAGACUUCAGGCCGACCAAGGUCGCAACGCGGCCGAGCGCAAAAUUAGGUUUACCGACGUUGUUGCCGUUCUGAGAGACUUCAAGGUCUUACUCGGCGGGUUCAUGUACUUGGGUCUCAUCGUGCCGGCAUACAGCUUUGCAUUCUUCGCUCCCACCAUCAUCCAAGGCUACCACUACAGCCCUAUAGAGACGCAGCUGCGGUCGGUUCCGCCCUGGGCAGUGGCAUUUAGCUUCGCUAUGAUCGUUGCGGUGCUGUCCGACUUUGCCAGGCACCGUUUCCUGUUCGCCAUGGGGCCCAUCUGCCUCGCCAUUUCCGGCUUCGCCGUAUUGCUGAAUGUUCACGACAACCUCCAAGUUCAGUAUGCCGCGCUCUUCCUGAUCUGCAUGGGCUGCUACUCGGCUAUGCCGGUUAUUGUGUGUUGGUUCAACAUGAACCUUGGCGGGCAUCACCGCCGGGCCAUUGGCACCGCGUGGCAAGUUGGAUUUGGAAAUAUCGGCGGCAUCGUCGCUACUUACUCAUUCCUGACUACGGACGCGCCGCUGUUCAAGAAGGGCUACGCGAUCUGCACCUCCUUCGUCUGCCUGAGCGCCGCUUCCUGUAUCCUGUAUGCAUGGGCGAUUACCCGUGAGAAUCGGAAACGCAGCAAGGCGGCUCACGAUGUGGGCCUCACCGAGUACGAGAAGACGGAGCUCGGGGACCUGAAUCCAGAGUUUCGAUACAUGCUUUGA